AUGCCUUCAAUUGAUCAACCGGAAUAUGGAGCAUCGACUUUUUCCUCAUCUAUAAGUUUACUCAAAACAAUAGUUGGGGCUGGUUUAUUAUCAAUGCCAUUGGCUUAUUCAACUGAUGGGUCAAUUUUUGGAACUUUCAUAAUUUUAUUAGCAGCAAUAACUUCAGGAUUUGGAUUGUUCUUACAAUGUUAUGUAUCAAAAUAUACAACAAUUGGACAUGCUACUUUUUUUAAUUUGUGCUCAAUUACCUAUCCACAACUUUCAGUGAUUUUUGAUAUUGCAAUUGCUAUUCAAUGUUUCGGUUGUGCUGUCUCAUAUUUAAUUUUGAUUCGUGAUUUGAUGCCAACAAUCAUUACUUAUGUUCCUUAUAUUGGGGAAGAACAUUAUAAAACAUUUUGGCUUUUAGUGUCUACAGUUUUUACCGUUCCAUUAUCAUUUUUGAAAAAUCUUGAUUCAUUAAAGUAUACCUCCAUUGUGGCUUUAGUUGCAAUUUUGUACAUUUCUUUGUUAGUGAUUGGUCAUUACCUUUUUAACGACAUUCCAAGAUCUGGGUUAAUUGAAUACUUUCCUUCCUCAGUGACCGGAGUGUUUAAAACUUUCUCAAUUAUUGUUUUUGCUUUCACAGGUCAUCAAAAUAUGUUUUCAAUAAUUAAUGAAGCAAAAGAUAAAUCGUUACCAAAAUUGGUACAUUUAAUUAAUUUUGCAAUCCUUGUUUCAACUAUUUUAUUUAUUGGUGUUGGUUUAGCAGGUUAUUUAACUUUUGGUUCUAGUGUAAAUGGAAAUGUCAUUUUAUCUUAUCCAAAUGGAAUACCUACACUUAUAGGUAGAGCAAGUAUCGUAUUCAUGGUUGUUUUCUCAUUUCCUUUGAUGUUACAUCCAGCUAGAAUAUCAGUAAAUAAUAUCUACUAUUGGGCCAAAGAAAAAUUUCAACCUGAAACAAAUGAACAAACUUCAUUGUUGGCUAAUAAUGAAGAACAAGUAAGAUCUAAGAUUGUUCCUUUCCCAGAAACUACAUUCUACGUUAUAACUGUUGUGUUGUUGCUUGUUGGGUAUGGUCUUGCAGUAGCAAUAGAUUCAUUUGCUUUCAUUUUGGCUGUUGUUGGUGCAACUGGUUCUACUUCAAUUUCUUUCAUAUUACCUGGUUUAUUUGGUUAUAAAUUAAUUGGCUCUGAACUGGAUGAUCCGUCCCCACUUGAGAAAAUUUUCAAGCAUUUAUCUUUAGUACUUGUAAUUUGGGGUGUUUUAGUAAUGGUUUUAUGUUUAUAUAGUAGUAUUUUAUUAUAG